CUCAGAGGGAAACUGUAUUUCCUGCUCUCCAGUUUAUGUGCGAUUGUUGAGGGAGGCUGAGACGGGCGGGAGGGGGAGAAGAAAGGGAGUUUAUGAGAUGAGAGAGAGCUAGGUAAGUGACGGAGAGAGAUGAUGUUGAAACGCUAAUUUAAUUUCCCCAUUCAGAGACGCACCGACCGCUCUCGGGGGGGUUCCAGCUCGACCACCGACGGAGCGGAGCGGUGGCCUAUAGCCCACAUUCCGAGUCCUCGACCUAGGUGACGGCGAGACAGGCUAGAGGGGAGGAAAGAGAGAGAUGGGAUCAGCUUCGUCGGUGUAUCGAGUAAUCUACCUGGACGUCGAUGGCAGAAUUCAGAAGUUGUCUUGAAAGCACCAUAAAUACACAGAAUGCCAGCCAGACUUUGAUGACAACAUUUGCCCACGAAGGACUGCCGUGCCACCUUCCUGUUCAAGUGAGCACAGCACAACAAGAUAAAGAGGAACUCUUCCAGAAUGUAUUGACAUAGGUGGCAGAGCAGUUUUCCAGAGCGUUUAAAAUCAACGAACUGAAGACGGAGGUGACAAACCGCUUGGCGAUGUUGGAGAAGAGAGUGGAGGGGAUGAAAGUGGUGGAGAAGUGUGACAGCGACAUCAAGAAGCUCAGGGAGGAGAUGGCCUCCAUGAACAACAGUAGUAAUUUCCUGGAUGACAAAAAGAAGCUGACACCUCGGAGAGAUGUGCCCUCUUACCCCAAGUACCACCUGUCUCAGGAGACAGUGGAAGCUCUCAGACAUCCCACCUUUGAUGUGUGGCAGUGGGAGCCCAAUGAGAUGCUGAGCUGCCUGGAGCACAUGUACAAUGACCUGGACCUGGUCAAGGGCUUCAACAUGAACCCCAUCACACUGAAGAGUUGGCUGCUUUGUAUCCAUGACAACUACCAGGUGAAUCCCUUCCAUAACUUCCGUCACUGUUUUUGUGUGACCCAGAUGAUGUACAGCAUGAUCUGCCUCUGCAGCCUACAGGAGAUAUUCACCCAGGUGGACAUUCUGAUUCUGAUGACAGCUGCAGUGUGCCACGAUCUGCAGCACCCAGGGUACAACAACACGUACCAGAUAAACGCACGGACGGAGCUUGCGGUACGCUACAAUGACAUCUCUCCUCUGGAGAAUCAUCACUGUGCCGUGGCCUUCCAGAUCUUCUCUCAGCCUGACUGCAACAUCUUCUCCACCUUCGAUGCUGAGGCCUUCAAACAGAUUCGUCAGGGAAUCAUCACACUGAUCCUGGCCACAGACAUGGCACGACAUGGCGAGAUACUGGACUCAUUCAAGCAUAAAGUGGACCGCUUUGACUUCAGUGAUGAAGAGCAUGUCACUUGUCUGAAGAUGGUGCUAAUUAAGUGCUGUGACAUCUCUAACGAGGUGCGGCCCAUGGAGGUGGCUGAGCCCUGGGUUGACUGUCUGCUGGAGGAGUACUUCAUGCAGAGUGACAGGGAGAAGGCAGAGAGUCUGCCUGUAGCCCCCUUCAUGGACAGAGAAAAGGUCACCAAACCCACCGCCCAGAUCGGAUUCAUCAAGUUCGUCCUCAUCCCCAUGUUUGAGACCGUAAUGAAGCUGUUCCCUCAGAUUGACGAAGUGAUGAUCCAGCCUCUGAGAGAGUCACGAGACAGAUACGAGGAGCUCAAGCAGAUUGACGAUGCCAUGAAUGAGGUGGAGAAAAAAAAAAGUGAGAACCUGACUAUGGGGAAGAAGAAAUGAGAGCUCGAAGCUCGUCCUAUGGUGGAGACGAGUCAGUAUGGCAUUCUGAGGAAGAGGGGAAACCGACCAAGCCUGUCUGGAUGGACAAUCCAAAGCUUAUAUCAGGAAAUGUCCACUUGAACAGCACGGACUACUUCAGUGAACGAUAUUUUGAUUCUAUGUCUUUGCCUUUUUUGUUUUUAAAUGUUUUUUUUUCUUCAGAAUGUACAGAUUUUUUUGUUGCCUUUGUUUCCUACAAAAAUAAAUGUUUAUUUUAAAUAUAACCUUUUAUGUGGACUGUUUGCGUUUUAGACUAUAUUGAACAAAAAUAGAAACGCAACAUGUAAAGUGUUGUUCCCAAUCCCAGAAAUUUUCCAUAUGCACAAAAAGCUUAUUUCUCUCCAAUUUUGUGGCCAAAUUUGUUUACAUCCCUGCUAGUAAGCGUUUCUCUUUUACCAAGAUAAUCCAUCCACCUGACAGGUGUGGCAUAUCAGGAAGCUGAUUUAAACAGCAUGAUCAUUACACAGGUGCACCUUGUGCUGGGGACAAUAAAAGGCCACUCUAAAAUGUGCAGUUUUGUCACCCAACACAAUGCCACAGAUGUCUCAAGUUGAGGGAGCAUGCUAUUGCCAGAGAUUGUGAUGUUCAUGUCUCUACCACAAGCAGUACGUUGAACCGGCCUCAACCACAGACCACAUGUAACCACGCCAGCCCAGGACCUCCACAUCCGGCUUCUUCACCUGCGGGAUUGUCUGAGACCAGCCACCCGGACAGCUGAUGAAUGUUUAUAUUUGUAAUAAAGCACUUUUGUGAAAAAAAAUGUAUUCUGAGUGGGCCCACCCAUGGCUCCACCCCUGCCCAGUCAUGUGAAAUCCAUAGAUUAAGGCUUAACGAAUUUAUUUCAAUUGACUGAUUUCCUUGUAUAAACUGUAAUGCAGUAAAAUCGUUCAGUAUAUAAAUUCUACCCAGCAGUG